AACGUCAGUGUCUGACUGAUAUAUAAGUUCAACAAAUGACUGUUCAGCGAUCAAUAGUUCAAAUCGAUUAUCUAUACUUUUUACCUGAUGCCCAUCAAGUAAGUAUUCUUUUUUUGUUUUCAUUGUAUUCUUUUGAGAAAAUGUGUUUAUUUCUGUAUAUAAAGUACUAUACCAUUUGAACCAGUCAUGGUAUGUUGCUUAGGACCCACUAUUGGUAUAUCUCGUUACAUCAGCCGUCUUCUUCAAAAUAUCUAUGAUCAAGCGACUCGUUCAACAACAUUUUUCAAAGCUAGUAAUGUUGUACAUGCACUAAAAAACUAUGCCACAGAAGUUCGUUUAUAAUCAAAUACAUUAUUUGCUGCUGUACAUGUCAAUGAUUUAUGUACACUUAUACCUCAUGAGCAAUUGACGGAACCAUUACAGCAUUUUCUCUAUGAUUAUGUACCAGAUAGACAAGUGCAAGGAUUAACUGUUGAUGCUAUUAUUGAGUUAAUUCAUUUUGUUUUACAAAAUCAAUACUUUAUUUUCGAUAACAAAAUUUAUCGACCAAUUAAAGGUUGUGGUUCUGAUCAACCGUUAAAUCAUCUAUUAGCAAAUAUUUAUAUGUUCUAUUGGCAACAAGAUUUAGUUAAAACAUUAGUUCAUCAAAAUGAAAUAUUUCACCGAUAUCUUAAUGAAAUGUUUUUUACUUGAAAUAAAUUAAAACGAGAACUUCAAUCACUUCUUAAGAGAAUGGUUCGUCAAAAAAAUCCUCAUUUAUCUAUAGCAAUUUGAAUUGGAAAAAAUAUCGUCUAUCUCGAUAUUCAAAUAAGUCAUAUCAAUAGUCAACUUCGAACUAUAAUUAAUCACGAUAAUGAUAUUGAACCACAUGGAUUAUCUUUUAUAUCGGAUCAUCCACCUUUAAUGUAUUCAACAUUAAUUCAAGCAUGUCUUAUGUGUGCAGCAUUAAUUCGCUCCAAAGUAUCUGAUUUUCACAAUGAACGCUUUGAUGUUCAAAUAGUAUUUUUAAAUAAUGGCUAUUCAAUGAAUUUUAUAAAAGAACAUGCUGAGCAAUUGUUCUAA